GCCACCACCAUGGCUGUCCGCUCUCUGGUUAUCGCAGCCGCGCUCAUAACAGCUUAUGGGUGCCGCGAAGUCCUCAGCUUUGUCGGCGUGUCGGUAUUGCCACGAGCGUGCUCGCAGCAGCAGCAGCCGCAGCAGUGCUUGGGAGCAUCAGGCCAUGGACGGUGCGGGUGGGUUGGUGCGGUGCAACCACCACCAGGCAAACGACGACCGACAGCUACUGUGAUGAUGGCCCGGGGGAGUACGUUCCGCUCCACUACUGAGUCGAAGCGGCAAGCUCGCGUAUCUCAGCUUUUAACGGGGGAACUGGCCAAGAUUUUGAGGCUCGGGCAUGGGAUCAAGACGAAGGACAAGAUUGACGACGACGUGCGAUGCAGGAUUGCCGUGGUUGACGUUGACAUGUCGCCCGACCUACGAUCAGCCAAGGUGUUUAUCUCCGUGUACGGCGACGUGCUGGAGAAGAGAGAGGCCUACGCGUGGUGCGUAAAGAACACCAAGGCUAUACGUAUGGCGCUGUGCGCGGAGCUGAAGGGCAUGAAGCGAGUACCGGAGCUGUUCUUCAAGGACACCGACAUCAGUGCUGCGGUGGACCUGAUGGCUUUGAUCGACAGGGUCUCCGGGGAUGAAGACGGCAACGAGGCAGCAUUGCGAGACGACGGUGAAGAAGAAAUUGAAGGGUUUGAGGGUGUAACAGAAGAUGAUUUCUUCACGUUCGACUUCGACGAAGACGGGAACGCUGCAGAUUUUGACGAUGACGACGACGACGACGAGGAUGUCGGAUUCGACCUAGAUGAGGAGGAGAGAGACGGGGAGUUGGUAUGAGGCUACGGAGCUGAGCAUUCUACUCGCCGUGGCUUGGGUUGGGGCUGGUGCCGGGGCUCGGACGGGCUGGUUGGCCGUUGACCUGAGUGUAAAAAGUGAAGGUAUUUACCACGUUGUUGAGCAGCACGUUAUGGCGUGGUCGCGGGUUUCUGAGUUUAUCAAUGCAGUCACACAGUGUGGUAGACGACACGUGCUGCCGGGGGCUCCGUCCACCUGUUUUUCUAUUGAUACGGAUAAUCAGUUCUGUCUACGACACUGUAAACAGCGGUUCGUCCUAUUGGCAUUGAGGUUUAACUUUGCAACAGCUCCUGCUGUAGCGCAGAUCCCAAACAUGUGCCAGAAUAGGGUGCAAGUGUGCGCCCCAACCUGUGCAAUCACCAAGUUCUGAGUGAUUUGGCCAACCUUACGAGCAACUAGGGUCCAAAAGUCUCUCGGUGUGACCAUGCUUAGCAUUCAUGUUGAUGAAGUUGGAAGUAGAAAUAUGUUCGAGUCGGACACUUUUGGGGGUAUCGUGCUGAACCACUGCAGUUGAGAUUGGGUUGAAUCAACGUUUGCAGGCCGACUGCGAAUGCCGAAAGAUCGAUCCCAAGUGUGUGCGGACAAACACAGGGUGUAAGUUGGGAACUGACUGGUGCCCCACAAGUUCUGGACGGUUUGGACAAUCUGCGAGAGAGUAACCCUGUGUUGAUGCAUGCGCCCCGAGAGCUAAAAAAAUGGCCGCGAUCGAUGCGCUUUCAGUUGCUCGGGACACCCAUUUGUCCAGUUCAACCCCAAAAUACCGCAUGAACACGGUUCGCGGACAUCGAGAUUCUUACUGCCUGUG